CCCAUCUCCAACCAGCAAAAAUGUCCGAAUCUGAACUUGCAAGCUGGUACAGCUGGAUCACCGGAGCGAGCCUGCUCCCAACAGAGUGGAGCUACGGCUUGGAGGUAUUGACUGGGAUUUUUAAAACGCUGGCUCUGGUACCCAUGCUCCCUAUCAUCGCAUUGGUCGUGUACGACUUCACCCUCUGGAUGUGGAGGCUCCUCGUCAUCGGCAGGAACCCGCAGCGAGAAGCCAUCGAGUAUAUGACGGGAGGCAGCGUCGCAGCUAGCCCGAGUGGCAGCUUACCUACAACGCCUUUGCACAUUGGUUCGCCGACCAAAGGAUCGCUAUCGCCGACAGGAAGCAAUUCGGCCUACAAGGACGUGGCGACAAAGGGCACAACGACAGGCUUGGCGAUGAAUGGUUCAACGCCAAUUGUUCUGAGGAAAGGAGGGGAUGGUGGAGAUGUCAAGGUCACACAGGAAGGAGUGAGAUCGCGAUCAUGAUGGAUGAAACAUGGGCGCAGGCAUGGAAAGAGUAACGAGUGGUGCUAUCAAACGAAAUGGUUUACAGAACAGCGCAACAAGAGCCGAGAAAAAAAAUCGUUAUCUAUUGAUCAUUACACUGCGGACGCUUUGGGGACAAGCGCCGGUUUAUAGCUGAGCAAGCACCUUGAGGAGAUCGCUGGUGACGCCCAUGGCGGUUACGUCACCUCCGGCGCCGGCACCCUGGAUGAUGAGGGGGUUGCUUCCAUACCGCUUAGUGUAGAAGCUAAUGAUGUUGUCACUGCCCUUGAGGGC